AAGCCUCAAGCUGGCCAAGGCCAAGCCCAGACGAGCCGUAUCGCAGUCGCGCAGCGCAUGGUUUGUUGUUUUUUGGAAAUUUGUUAGUGACAUUUGACAUGAGUGAAAGUUUUGACAGUUCAGCCUUACAGGUGUUGGAAAAUGCGCUUAUCGUGCCCAACAAGUUUAGUUACCUGCCCCUAAGAAGGUUGCACGUCUACAUGCGAGGCGUAGCUUUGGGACAGAACAGUGAGCUGGUGGCGGAGGAAACGUGGGUGUCGGUGCAGGCCAUCUCCGAGAGGCUCGUCGCGGAACCGCUGACUGCCGCUGUGUGCCGGCUGUCGGCCGAGCUCUUCCGUUUCCUGCGGAAUGCCUUCGCCGGAGACCCCGCAAACUCCGAAACCGCCCUUAGCCGCAGGAAGCUGCUGCAGAAUGUGGACUACUUGAUCAGAGCCCUGAUGGAACAGCGCUCCAAAGAACCCACUGACGAAGAGGCCACUGUGGCCUUGCGGUGUGGACUGCAGUGCUUCGGCAACUUGGUGGCCAGCUGGGAAGCUGCCCGAGAGCUUGUCUGGAACCUCACUUUCCUGUGGAGCACGCCAAUCUACCCAGCCCUGCUGUCCAGCGACGACGCCACCCUGAGGAUGUACGCCAGCAUGUUGCUGCACGGCUGCCUCCUCAAGGGGGCGCUGCUGCGGCUUUUCUUCUGGUCCCCGUGCACGGCCGAAGUGGUCACGUGCCUGACCCGGAUGAUGGCUGACGUCGAGUCCGAAUGGAGCCUGUUCUUGCUCGAGAUGUUUUUGACGCACGAGAACUCGCCAGUCAUCUUCGGGAAGCUGCCCCGGCAGGCACGCUGGGUGGUACUCGACGUCGCCGUGGAACAGGUGCAGAAGAAGGACGGCCAGGCGGUGCAUGCCGACUUCUUGGACCACCUAUGUGCCUUCCUGCAGAGGGAGUUUGAGGACGUCGUGGCCGUGCCCCACUGCAUCGAGGAAGGGAAGCUGGAGCCGAUCCAGAUCAGCAAGAUGCUGAACGUGCUGUGCGAGGCGUCUUGCAAUGAGAACUUCUCUCAGCUGAUCGAACCGAAGCAGGGGCUGCUGAAGGCGACAUUAGGUGUUCUCAAGGUUGUACACUUGUUGGGCAAGUCCGGCAACAAUGCGUUCACGCCCGCCCCCAAGCUGGACGACCUUGUGAAGGCCGAGGAAGCCGACUCGGACGUGGACCCGCGCAGGAACUUCAAGAAGGAGCUCGUCCGUCUGGUUGGCAACAUGAGCCACCACUCCAGGGCCAACCAGGACCUGGUCAGGCAGGUCGAAGGAAUUGCUUUACUGCUGGAUGUCUGCAAUUUGGAUGCCAAGAAUCCAUACAUCAUUCAGUGGGUAGUUCUGGCCAUCAGGAACCUGCUGGAGAACAACCCCAAGAACCAGGAAGUUGUUGCGGGCUUGGUUAACAAGGGAAUGGUCACGGACGCCCCUCAAUUGCAGGAGCUCGGCAUCAGCCUCGAUCUGCUUUCGCUGACCAGAGAAGGGAUGUCUCCCGGCCGCCCCGAAUGACUGCGUCGAGGUCUCCCAAUAAACGCCCUUUGCACCUCUUGCCCAUUUGGAAACAA